AUGGAUGUCCCCCCUACACCGACUGGUUUCCUGAGGAAGUAUCUGGAACAGCUCUCUGGGGCUGGCAAAGCCAUCGGAGUCCUGACCAGCGGCGGGGAUGCCCAAGGUAUGAAUGCUGCUGUUCGCGCGGUGGUGCGCAUGGGAAUCUACGUAGGAGCCAAAGUGUAUUUUAUAUAUGAGGGCUACCAAGGUAUGGUAGAUGGAGGCUCUAAUAUUGUGGAAGCCUCAUGGGAAAGUGUCUCAAGCAUUCUACAAAUGGGAGGGACAAUCAUCGGCAGUGCACGUUGCCAAGCAUUUCGUACACGAGAAGGUCGCUUAAAAGCUGCUUAUAACUUGGUUCAGCUGGGAAUUACCAAUCUGUGUGUGAUUGGUGGUGAUGGAAGUUUAACAGGGGCCAAUAUCUUCCGGAAAGAAUGGAGUGAACUGCUGGAAGAGCUGGCCAAAUCUGAGCUGGCCAAAUCUGGCAAGACUGAUUCUGAAGCCGUGAAGAACUACUCAUAUCUCAAUAUUGUGGGCAUGGUAGGCUCCAUCGACAAUGACUUCUGUGGAACAGACAUGACGAUUGGCACAGACUCAGCUCUUCACAGGAUUAUUGAAGUUGUUGAUGCCAUCAUGACCACGGCACAGAGCCACCAGAGGACAUUUGUUCUUGAAGUUAUGGGGAGACACUGUGGAUACUUAGCCCUGGUUAGUGCCCUGGCCUGUGGUGCUGAUUGGGUGUUUCUUCCUGAAUCUCCUCCAGAAGAAGGCUGGGAGGAAUAUAUGUGUGUUAAACUGUCAGAGAACCGUGCGCGAAAGAAAAGGCUGAAUAUUAUCAUUGUAGCUGAAGGAGCAAUUGAUUGCCAAAAUAACCCUAUUACUUCUGAGAAAAUCAAGGAUUUAGUCGUGAAGCAGCUGGGGUAUGACACACGAGUGACAAUACUUGGACACGUGCAAAGAGGAGGGACCCCAUCAGCUUUUGAUCGGAUUUUGGCUAGUCGAAUGGGUGUGGAGGCUGUCAUCGCGCUCCUUGAAGCGACCCCAGAGACCCCGGCCUGUGUGGUUUCUCUGAGUGGGAACUACUCGGUGCGCCUGCCCCUGGUGGAGUGUGUGCAAAUGACCCAAGAUGUGCAAAAGGCAAUGGAUGAAAGAAGAUUCAAAGAAGCUGUACGACUUCGAGGAAGGAACUUUGAGAACAAUUUGAACAUCUAUAAGCGACUUUCCAUCAAGCUCCCAGAUUCGCAGAUCGUGAAGAGCAAUUGUAAUGUGGGUGUCAUAAACGUGGGUGCCCCUGCAGCUGGGAUGAACGCUGCUGUGCGAGCAGCUGUCCGAGUGGGAAUAUCUGAUGGCCACAAAAUGCUUGCUAUCCACGAUGGCUUUGAUGGCUUUUCCAAAGGACAGAUCAAAGAAAUCGGCUGGACAGAUGUUGGAGGUUGGACUGGCCAAGGAGGAUCAAUUCUCGGGACAAAACGUACUUUACCAGGAAAAUACUUGGAGAAGAUUGCUGACCAGAUACGUGCUCAUAAUAUCAACGCUCUGUUGAUUAUUGGUGGAUUUGAGGCCUACCUGGGACUGCUGGAACUGUCAGCUGCCCGGGAGAAACACGAGGAAUUCUGUGUCCCCCUGCUCAUGGUUCCUGCCACUGUCUCCAACAAUGUACCCGGUUCCGAUUUCAGCAUUGGUGCAGACACUGCUCUGAACACUAUCACUGACACAUGUGACCGCCUGAAACAGUCAGCCAGCGGGACCAAGCGCCGUGUGUUUAUCAUCGAGACUAUGGGCGGCUACUGCGGCUACCUGGCCAACAUGGGCGGCCUUGCUGCUGGCGCCGACGCAGCCUAUAUUUUUGAAGAACCAUUUGAUAUCAGGGACCUACAGUCCAAUGUGGAACACUUGACACAGAAAAUGAAGACGUCCAUUCAGAGGGGAAUUGUACUGAGAAAUGAGAACUGCAAUGACAAUUAUACCACAGACUUCAUUUGCCAGCUUUAUUCUGAAGAAGGAAAAGGAGUAUUUGACUGCAGAAAGAACGUGCUGGGUCACAUGCAGCAGGGUGGAGCACCUUCUCCUUUUGAUAGAAACUUUGGAACAAAAAUGUCUGCCAGAGCUAUGCAGUGGAUUACUACAAAACUCAAGGAAUCGCCAGUACCAGGAAAAAAGUUUGCAGAUGACGACUCAGUCUGUGUGCUGGGAAUAAACAAAAGAAACCUGAUUUCUCAAUCAGUGGUAGAGCUAAAGAAGGACACGGAUUUCGAACACAGAAUUCCCAAAGAACAGUGGUGGUUGAAACUGCGGCCUGUAAUGAAAAUUUUGGCCAAGUACAAAGCAAGCUAUGAUGUUUCUGAUUCUGGCAAGUUGGAGCAUGUACAUCGCCGUUCGCAAGAGGAACCUGAAGGGAUUUAA